AUGCUCUGGUCGCAGUGCUCGGGCGUUCGCGAUCCCGCAGCAUACCUGAAGCGCAACGAGUUAGCCACUGAAUCCGCAUUUGACCGCGAUUUCAACUUUAUCACCGGCAUCGAGCGCAGCCUCGAGCGAGCGGACAGAGACGCCGACAACCGCGGUAUCGACCUGACACAGAGUGUCCAGGCCGACGAGCCUGAAGCUGGUGACUCCAAGGGACCAGCGACGGGUUGCAAGAGGAAGCAUCCGGGCCAGGGUCUUGCUAAAGGUGAAGCUGGAUUCUUGCGUGGUGCCGAGGCCGGUGGUGUGAGAGUUAUUCGGGCUCCAAAGGGAAUGUCAAGGAAUAAGCAGAAUGGAUCGCGCUUGCAUCCCAAACAUAAAUGUCUUUCUUGGACAGUGGAGUGGAUCACUGCUGAUGGCGUCAAGACCAUCCGGAAUCCUGUCGUGGAUACAUGCUCUGUGGCUGAGGCCUAUGACCGAUGCUGUCCUCGCCCGAAGGCGCCGGUGUCAGCUCCUGCGCCCGCUCUGAAGGAUGAAGACAGCAAAGAUUUUUCGGAGAUCCCCGUCAAGACAGAGGAUGGUGACCACGACGCAUCCCAGGAAUUAAUAGCUGAGGAUCCCGCGGAGACUCAAAUGGAAAUCAAAGUCGAGCAGCCCUCUAUCCCAGAAGCGCCGGCAGAAACUUCGACAGAAAUACCCAGUCAAGGAGUUGACCCAACGCCAGACCAGAGCAUCGCCCCACACCGUGGUCUCUUCUUCUACAUCCAUCGUCCACGAACAACAACCAAAAAGCCCGUGUUGGCCCCCCUCUUGCAGUCCGCCACUUUGAACACAAUACUUCGCAAUCGGACUGUGCUCGAGUUCCCCACCAUCUACGCACUCCCGGACGGGCCAGAGACAUUACUUGCAGAUCAAAAAUCCUCGCCGUUCAUUCUUGAAGAAGAGUAUAUUCGGACAGCUGAACCUGAAGAAGUGCGCAAGUCCACAGCAAGUGACGAGGACGACGCGGCUGAGGAUGAACCUCUACCAGAAUCUGCCGUGAAUCCCCAAGGCGUGGAUGAGAGGAAAGUUUUGGAGGUAUUGAACCAGGACUUGUUUGAGCCAGUGCCGGACACUGAUUCUGUAAUUUAA